CUUGUCUCAAAAAAAAAAAGUCCAGUCCAGUCCACCCCAUCGGCGAGAGAGGGGAAGCGCAGGUGGGUGCGUGAUGGCCGCCGUCGCCGGAGCCGGAGGAGGCGACGAGAUGCUGCUGCGGCGCUCGCGCCGGCGGCUGCCCCUCGCCGACCUCACGAACCUCUCCUCCGCCACCUCCGCCAUCACCCGCCUGAAGCGCAAUCCCCAGCACCGCACGAGCCCCGCCAGCAGCGCCAGCAGCAUUGGCUCCUCCACCGUUCCCCGCAUCCCCACGCCUCCUCCGCCCGCGGCCCUCUCCGUUUCUACGACUAAGGGCAAGGAUAAAUCCACAAGGGAGCUUCAAAGUUCCAAUACUCAUCUAAACAAGAUUCAAAAGAUCAGUAAACCUAAGGUGAAGACUGGAGGCGUGCUACCUGGGACGUCAUCUCCUCCUAGCAAAAACACAAGGAAGAUAACAAGGAAAGAGCAGCCGCGCACAGAGUCUUUGAUCUCCCCCUUGUAUGCCUCUAGUAAAACAAAGGCGAAGACUAGUGGAGACGUGCUGCCUGGGGCAUCAACACCUCCCAGCAAAAAGAUAAUGAAGGUAACAAGGGAAGAGCAGCCGCGCACAGAGCCUUU